UGGAGGCCGUGGAGGUUGGAAGCUUAAGUCCCGGGGCCCUGGGGCCCCCGCUGCGGCAGAGUCCUGCCCACUCCCUGCAGGGCUCGGAAGCCCGGCGUCCUCGGUCCCCCGCCCGCCCUCAGUUGGGCCGGCUUUGCCCCGCCUAGCCCCACUGUCUCCCCUUGGUGCUAGGCCCGGAUCGAGUCCGGGAGCGUCUCCCUAGCUUACCUCACAGCAGCCCCUUCGCCUUGCUUCGGGCCUGGGAUCCUCCCCUCCGCUCCGGCAGAUUUUAGGUGAAGUUUUGAGAAAGAAGAAAUUGGGGCCAGCGAGGGAAGUGAGGAAAAUCAGAUCCCAGAUCUUUGGGGGAGAAAGAGCUGAAGGAGCAGCAUACCCUCCACCUUAGACCAUCAGGUGGAAAUAGCAGGUUGAGAAGAGCUGGAGCCCAUGGGCCUCCUGGGAUCAUAGUUCCAAACAGGCUGGCACCACCCUCCAGCUGAAGGUGUUCCCUCAUCUGCCCAGGGGAUGUGAUUGUGAGCCCGAAUCUGCAGAUCCCGCGGGAAGAGGGCUCCCGGGGCCAUGGCCGAGGUCAGCAUCAACAGUGACCUUGGCGAGUGGGGCUCGAGCUCAGACUCCGGGGAGCGGGCCCGUCUGCUGCAGAGUCCCUGUGUGGACACGGCCCCCAAGAGCGAAGGGGAGGCCUCUCCCGAGGGUCCAGGCAGAGGCACCACUUCCACCAUUGGGGCCAUCUUCAUCGUUGUCAACGCCUGCCUAGGUGCAGGGCUGCUCAACUUCCCUGCAGCCUUCAGCACCGCAGGCGGGCUGGCGGCCGGCGUCACGCUGCAGAUGGGCAUGCUGGUCUUCAUCAUCAGCGGCCUCGUCAUCCUGGGCUACUGCUCCCAGGCCAGCAAUGAGAGGACCUACCAGGAGGUGGUGUGGGCCGUCUGUGGCAAGCUGACAGGAGUGCUUUGUGAGGUGACCAUUGCCAUCUACACCUUCGGCACCUGCAUCGCCUUCCUCAUCAUCAUCGGCGACCAACAAGACAAGAUUAUAGCUGUGAUGGCGAAGGAGCCUGAGGGAGCCGGCGGCAGCCUCUGGUACACAGACCGAAAGUUCACCAUCAGCCUCACGGCCUUCCUCUUCAUCCUGCCCCUUUCCAUCCCCAGAGAGAUCGGCUUCCAGAAAUAUGCCAGCUUCUUGAGCGUCGUGGGCACCUGGUACGUCACUGCCAUCAUUAUCAUCAAAUAUAUCUGGCCAGAUAAAGAGAUGACCCCAGGGGACAUCCUGACCAGGCCAGCUUCCUGGGUGGCCGUGUUCAAUGCCAUGCCCACCAUCUGCUUCGGAUUUCAGCAUGCAGCGGCCCAAGGUGAAGACCUGGGGUGGGGUGGUGACAGCCGCCAUGGUCAUCGCCCUCGCUGUCUACAUGGGCACAGCCCUCUUGUCCCUGUCCUCAGGCAUCUGUGGCUUCCUGACCUUCGGAGCUGCCGUGGACCCCGACGUGCUUCUGUCCUACCCUUCCGAGGACAUGGCUGUGGCCGUUGCCCGUGCCUUCAUCAUCCUGAGUGUGCUCACCUCCUACCCCAUCCUGCACUUCUGUGGACGGGCUGUGCCUCAUUCAAGCCAAACUCUCUGAGAUGGAAGAAGUCAAGCCGGCCAGCUGGUGGGCGCUGGUCAGUUAUGGUGUCCUCUUGGUCACCCUGGGAGCCUUCAUCUUUGGCCAGACCACAGCCAACGCCAUCUUUAUGGAUCUCUUGGCAUAACCACUGCCUCCCAGGCAACACAUGGCCUUUGCCACUGGACCCAGGAACCCAUCUCUUUGAGCUGUGGGGCCACCCUGAGUCCAACAUCAUUCGUCUUUCCUGCUGGGAUGACAUCUGGACAUCCUUUUCCAGGGACAGUUCUGGAGUGAAAGCAGGCCUCACACCUCUGGACAGCUCAAACCCGGCAGUGCGAGGAUUAGGGGAGGAGGUCUCGUGUCACAGAAGAACCUUCCCUGUCCUCCAACGCUCAACUUCUCCAUGCCUGAAAAACAUGGGGGAAGAGGGUCAGAACAUCUCCGAAAAAAAGAACCCAGCCUGACUUUGGAGAAAGAGUGUGGGCAAAGGGCCACCACCAUCCUCCACAGAGCAGCCCGUCCUGAGCAGGGGCUGCGCUUAUUACCCCGGGACUCAGUGUCUGCUCCAAUUUGUCAGCUACUUCGCCCGCAGUGGCUUCUCUGGGAUCUGGCAACUUCCAAAGGUAGCACAGAGGUAAAUCGAGUCAGGCCCUGUUCACCCCAUCCUGGGGCCUCUUUCCCCAAACUUGAGGGUCCAGGCAUCCCUGUCUUCCCCCAUCCCCAGACAUCAUCAAGUCUAAUGUUUACAAACGGUGCCAGCCCGGCUCCAAACCCGAGGCCGGGGGCCGUGCUGCCCCGCCACGGUGCUGUGAGGACUCCUCAGUCGGCUUUUCCCUAGGCAGGACAGCUGCUUCUCUCUCUCCGAUUCCAGGGGGGCCCCUCGCUUCAGAGGCGCAGGGUGGGUGAUAGAGAAGGCUGGGAGCCUUCCACACCCAUGCGGGCCAGGCGGGUCGGGCUCAGGGUGAGCCUCUCUGGUAGCUUCUCUUCUGCCUGCCCUCUGGUCACCUCUCCCCUGUCACCCUAGCAGGAUAGCCCACGGAGAAGAGGAGCUGCUGAGUUGUCACUGACUAGGCAACACUUGAGCGUAGUCCCACCAGUCUGGAAGUUUGCCUUCCAGUCCAGAUCUUGUCUGCUUCCUCCCCGUGUCAUUUCUUCAGCCCCUACCCCAUUUUCCUAGCUCAGUCUCUCUGGCUCACAUAAGCCUGGGGGGUAGUAGGGGGUGUGCCCGACCUCCUCUUGUCAGCUCCAGGGGUCUGCCAGGCCUGGCCUGAGGUUACACUGGAUUGUGCCCCAGGCGAGGUGAGGAGGACACUGUUCUCCUGGUCUGCAUUUCCCUUUCUCUCUCUGGCUGUUCACUCUGACCAAUCCCAGGCAUUGACUCGGGCUUCCUCCACCUGGAACUCCCAGCAUUUCCUUGGUCCCUCUGUAGCUGGGGUGAGUGGGACCCCCCACCCAGCAGCCCACCACUCAGGGCGCUGAGAUCACAGAAGCAGAGGCUGGCUGGCAGUCGGCUGGGCUUCCGCUCAGUUUCCAGACUGGAGGACAGCCAUCCCUCACAUCCCGCGCCCCUGGGCCCUCGGGCCAGACCCUCGCUGCUGUUUUCCCUCAGCCCCAGCACGAUUAGGACCCGGUCAGCAGGGCUGCACAGCCUCCUGGUGUUGGAUUUCAGCCGAGGGGUGGGGGAUGGGGAGGCACCGCCCAGAAAGAGACCGGUCCAGAGAAGGAGUUGGAAUCUGGCCACUUGGCCUCACCUCAGGAGCCCCCUGCCCUGCCCUCCCCUCCAGUAUUUUACUGUUUCUUUUCUACUUGUGCACAUUCGUACCAGGGAGGAUGGUUAAUAAAAAGGGGCUGUGC